UCUAUCGCUGUCCGGUGCUUUCUUUCCUGUUUCUACUUCUUUUAUUUGGAGGCUGGUUUUACAUCUUGACGGGUGCAAACCAAGAUAGCUGUCGGCGUCUCGUGUUCCUGCAACCAACGUAUGGAUAUGCAUUGGUGGGUCAUGUCCUCAAAAACAUUUCAUUACCGGUCGGUAUGCAUAUGUAUAGUCGCUGCAGAAAUUGGUGUACCAUGGAAGACAGAUGUACAUCGAUCAACAUGGGACCAAGUAAAAGGGAUAAAGUUUUGUGUCAGAUAAGUGACUCAGACCAAUUGCAACACCCAAAUGAUCUGAAACCGAUGGCAGACUUUAUGUACAGGGGUACGGAGAACAAAUGUUGUUUCAACAAGUGCUACAACAAUGCAACUUGCCUAGUUGGAUUUACAGACAAGGAAUACAAGUGUAUGUGUCGGGCUGGUUACACGGGGAAGCAUUGUGAAAAAGCAUUCAAUGCCGUUUUUACAAAUAACAAUGCCUCAGGUAGAUAUGGUCCACCAACACAAGGCAGUCAUUACACAGGUCAGGAUCAUGACGGACAAGCGACAUUAUCCAGCGGUAUUCAACAAUGGACUGUGCCUUAUAGUGGCGAAUACAGAAUAGAAGCAAUAGGAGCAGCAGGAGGGUACGAUUCAACACCUAACAGCUCUCAGUACCGCGGAAGAGGAGCGAAAAUGAUUGGAACAUUCCGUUUAAACAAGGGUGAAGUCAUUCAGAUACUUGUUGGUCAAGAAGGAGGAAUAAACGAGUGGAAUAAGUCCUCUGCAGGUGGUGGAGGCACCUUUGUAGUGAGAGGAAGCAGAACACCUUUGAUAAUAGCUGGAGGCGGAGGAGGCGGUCAAAGUGUUAUAGCAAGACAUGGAGGAUGCGACGCCAGCACAAACACAACAGGAAAUCCUGGAUACAAAUCAUGGCCGGGGGGUAGUAAUGGACAUGGCGCACAGACUGCCGAUGAUCAAUGGGCAGGUGGUGGUGGUGGUGGGUUUUACUCCAGUGGAAGAAGUAGUGUAAAUUUUGGCGGAACCGAGGGAAAAGGUGGAGAAGGUGGUAAGGGAUUCCUUCAGGGAGGGGUAGGUGGAAGAUCCUUGCAUAACGAUAUCGUUGGUGGGUUUGGAGGAGGAGGUGGAACUCACGGAUUCAGAGCAGGAGGGGCAGGAGGAGGAGGACACAAUCAGCAAAAUGAUUGUUGUUACAAAACGGCUGGUCAUGGUCAAGUGACCAUCACAUUUCUGAUAAACUGA